AUGAAUCCUAAUUCAUCCUCUCGCUCAUCAUCAUCAUCAUCAUCAUCAUCAUCAUCAUCAUCAUCAUCAUCAUCAUCAUCAUCAUCAUCAUCAUCAUCAUCAUCAUCAUCAUCAUCAUCAUCAUCAUCAUCAUCAUCAUCAUCAUCAUCAUCAUCAUCAUCAUCAUCAUCAUCAUCAUCAUCAUCAUCAUCAUCAUCAUCAUCAUCAUCAUCAUCAUCAUCAUCAUCAUCAUCAUCAUCAUCAUCAUCAUCAUCAUCAUCAUCAUCAUCAUCAUCAUCAUCAUCAUCAUCAUCAUCAUCAUCAUCAUCAUCAUCAUCAUCAUCAUCAUCAUCAUCAUCAUCAUCAUCAUCAUCAUCAUCAUCAUCAUCAUCAUCAUCAUCAUCAUCAUCAUCAUCAUCAUCAUCAUCAUCAUCAUCAUCAUCAUCAUCAUCAUCAUCAUCAUCAUCAUCAUCAUCAUCAUCAUCAUCAUCAUCAUCAUCAUCAUCAUCAUCAUCAUCAUCAUCAUCAUCAUCAUCAUCAUCAUCAUCAUCAUCAUCAUCAUCAUCAUCAUCAUCAUCAUCAUCAUCAUCAUCAUCAUCAUCAUCAUCAUCAUCAUCAUCAUCAUCAUCAUCAUCUUUCUAG